AGCUUCUUUCUUCCGCUUGAUUUCUUUCAUCAAAGUCGAUUUGAUAUCAGCGCGGAUCGGAACGGAACCGAGCUGAGCGACACUCGCGACCGAGCAAACCCUAGCCUGAGGACCAUCCCUGCUCGAUGGCCAACCCCUCCAUGGCGGCCGGCGGCGGGGUGCCGUGGGCGGAGGGGGCCCGCGCCGUCGGGGCCCAGAUCCGCAACCGCCUCCGCGUGGCGCCCGUCGACCGCCGCUGGCUCUGGCGCCGCCCCGAGGGCCGCGCCGCCUCCGAGGCCGUCCGCCAGUGGUCCGACCGCCUCCGCGCCAUCCUGCACCGGGACAAGCAGGGGCCCGACCAGCAGCAGCAGCAGCAGGGCCCCGCCUCCCCCGACGCCGCGGCGGCGGCGAAGGCGAAGCCCUCCUCCAGCGCUCUCAGGUUCUACAGGAAGAAAGUGGGCAAAGAGGUUAACGGGGUCGAAGAUUCCGUGAUUUUCCGCUCGCUCCAAGCACUGGCCGUUCCUCUAAUUGGCAAUGCUUGCCAUGUUUUUAUGCACGGCCUUAACUCUGUCCAGAUUUAUGGUGCUGAGAAACUUCAGCAGGCAUUACAAGAGAGGCCUAAAGACAAACCUCUUCUAACGGUCAGCAAUCACGUGGCUGCUAUGGAUGACCCUUUUGUAAUUGCGUCCCUUCUGCCACCAUCUGUUAUGAUGGAAGCACAAGAGCUGAGAUGGACACUAUGUGCGACUGAUCGUUGCUUUACAAAUCCAGUUCUGUCCACCUUCUUCAGGUCUGUUAAAGUGUUGCCUGUUAACCGUGGUGAAGGCAUCUACCAAAAGGGAAUGGAUAUGGCGCUCUCAAAGCUUAAUAAUGGUGGAUGGGUUCAUAUAUUUCCUGAAGGAAGUCGUUCAAAGGAUGGAGGGAAAACCAUUGCUCCUGCUAAGAGAGGUGUUGGAAGAUUGGUAAUGGAUGCUGACAGCCUACCGGUUGUUGUCCCCUUUGUCCAUACUGGGAUGCAGGACAUAAUGCCUGUUGGGAAACGUAUCCCAAGAACAGGCAAAAGGGUGAUAGUGGUUGUUGGCGACCCAAUCAACUUUGACGACCUGAUGGCUGAGAACAGCAACGACUCCCAACAUAUUUCUAGAGGUGACCUGUAUGACAAAGUAACCGAAAGGAUUGGGCAGCGGCUGCAGCAACUGAAGGUGGAGGUCGACAGAUUGGCGGCAGAGCAGAAGGCCGAGCUCCAAAACCGUCACACAGCCGACACAGUCAACGACGGGUACAAGGUGUGGCAGCAGGUCGACUGGGAGUCGUUCGGCAUAGGGAACAUGCUGUCAGCAGCCGCCGAGCAUUCGUCAGCCCAAGAGCCCCCAAAGCAGAUCCAGCACGAAGUGCUCCUGGCGGAACAAAGCGUGUCUCCAGCAAAGCAGGCAGAGCCCGAGCCGCGCCUUGAGGAGGAACAGAGCGUUUUUUCUCCAAUCUCUCGCGUCCCACACUGGUUCAGUCGGCACACGGACGCCUCCGAGCUCAUGGGGUUCGCCGCGCGCGGCCUUGUCAGGAACGGCAGGUCCAUGCAGGAGGGGUACCGGCAGUUCCAGGAGCCGUCGGCGUUCAACGCCUGGUGGGAGGCGCAGACGAGCAGCGCGAUGAUGCCCAGGUGGAGCACUGCUUGAGAUAGGGCACCCUAAACAGAGGCCUUCCCUUUUGUACAGAUAUCCAACAAGGACGCCGACACGAAUCUAGAUAGAAUGCAUCUGUUUUUGCUUUGCUGGUGCUGGCAGUUUUGGAGCUAGUACGAACGAACAAUGAACUGGACACCUUAAGUUGUCUUGAGAAGAGAUGUGAAAUUUCGAUAGCUGAAGUCAGGUUUGAUGUAAGCAUAUGUCGGCUUGUUAAGUGUAAGAACUAGGUAGCUCUUUGAAAUGAAGGCAUGCAGAAGUUUUUUCCUCUUGCCA